UUGUAGAUUCUAGAGUGAAGAUUUUUGGAGGAGAUUCUAAGAGGUUGGUUUUCUUUCACUUACUUCGCAUGUUCUUGAGAUUCUUCGAAUAUUCUUCGUAUUUUUGUUGAGUUUUUACGAGCAUGUCGUUUUCAUAUUUUUGUCGUAUUUUGCUUUGAUCUAGCUCGAUUCGUUGUUUAUUUUUAGCUUUGCUUCUAUAUGUUGAAUGUUUAUGAUCUAGCCUCCGUCGGGUUGGAUUGGUUACAUUAUUUGUUUGGUUGCUACAACUUUUUGUAUUUGUCUGUUUGAUUGGGUUGAAUUGUAGUUUGAUAUAUGCUUGUGGAUAGUUGGCUUGGUUGUGACUGUUAGUUUGUCAUGCUUGUUCGAUGAGUUGCGUCUUGGCUAUAAUAUGUGCUUAUUUGUUGUUGCUUGGUUGGUUGGUAGCUGUGGGGCUUUUUUAAACUCAAACUUGCUGCUUUAUAGGAUGUCUGAUAUGUCUUACCGAAGUGGGGACCACACGGGUUCGUCGGGUAGUUCCGUUAGGAUAUUUGGUGAUGGAGAGAGCGCGAUGUGUCUUGCCAUUACGGGAAAUGUGGUUGGGUCAAGUUGGGCUAAGUUGCCUGCUAAAAAAUCUGGAGUCGGGUUUGGGGUGAAUAGUUUUGGUCCCAUUGUGGGUUCAGAAAAGAUGGGUGACACUCUUCCAAAAAAUAAUCGUGUUUCUAAGAUAAAUUCUGAGGAUUAUUUGCGUUGGAUCCGUCGGGCUUAUAGCAUCCCCGAGUGGGCAAGUUUGCAUGCUCCCGAUACAUCACUUCGUCCUAAUUGGGAUGUUGAGGGUAUGGUCUGUAUGUACGAGCUUCCCUUUACUUUGGGCCUUCGUCUCCCGCUCCCCCGUCUGGUGGUUGAGCUUUGUAACUACUACCGAAUUUCUCCGAGUCAACUGAUGCCUAAUACUUGGACGAUCCUAAUGGCCGCGGAAGUGUUUGCGGAACGGAAGGGUUUUGACAUCAAUAUAUAUGAUGUCUUGUAUGCUUACCAGUUGGGUGAGACUCGUAUAGAUAAGGGUCGUUAUCAAUUUAACUCCCGUUCUGAUGCCCCAAUACUCAUUACUAACCUUCCGGAGGAUCGUACAAAGUGGAAGGAAAAAUAUUUUUUUAUCAGUGUCGAGGCUUUAGGGAUCCAAGAUGGUUACAAGGUUCCGUCUGCUUGGUCCAAGCCGCGUCGGAUCAACGGGAGUCUUCCAGUUAUAUGCGGGUUACCGGAAAGGGCACAAAGGUUUUACUCAUUCUCGGAGGAAGAUCGUGACUGGCGGGUGAUCCUGUCGGAGGACAAUCUUAGGGGUUCUUCUUUGUGGUGUGAGAUUCCUGUUCGUACCGAAGGUAUUGUUCAUCCACCUAGUCGUGCUCGCUUUCGUAUUGCUCUAGUAGCUAGAGCUUUGGAAAUUCUAAGGCAAGGUCGUGAAGUGGAAGGUUUUCCAUUAUUAUUUGAAUUGACCCCUGCUGAGCGCGUAUUUGUAGACCAAGCGAUGGCAGACCUUCCAUUCUACAAACCAAAAGGCAGUCGGGCUGCGUACGAGCGCAUCCAACAGAAGAAAAAGAAAGUUAUGGUUAGCUCAAGUGAGGAACCGACGACUGAUCUCUUGGAUACGGUGUCUCUACCCUCGCCUGUCGGGAAGGGCAAGCGAUCCGCUUCAUCCGUCGUCUCUGAUCAGUCUGGUGGCUCAACUAUUAUGAAGUUCCCAGUGGAUGCUGCUGCUUAUACGCCUUGUGCUCCGCAGCUUGAGGAUCGUGCUCGGUUGGAUGCUGCUGGCUAUGACUCGGCUAUGGAGGCUAUCAUUUCCCAUUCAUUUUUGGGUACACGGGGUAUCCUUUACUUGGGAGACAAGGUGAAGGAGCUUGAGAAACAACUGACGAAACUUCGUGCCGAGCAGGUCGACUGUAGGAAGGAGAAUCGUGAUUUGAAGAAGCGCAAGGUCGGAUUGGACAAUGUGAUUAAGGGCUUGCAGGAACAAAUGGCAUCCCAUGAGCAAGAUGCUAGGAAGCUUCAUGAAGCACUUGAAAAUUUGGAGGCUGUCAGUGCUCGGGUGAGGGAUCUUGAGUCUGAGAUCGUACAGCUGAGGAGUAUGAUGGAGGAUGUUGGGUUAGAGGCAGAGGUCUUGACUCGCGGUGAGAUUUAUCAAGAGUUUCGUGAUGGUAAGUCGGGUGAGUGGGAUAUAGAUAGGUGUAUCCUUGAGAUGGAGAAUCUGUUGCAACAAAGGGCUGAGAAGGCUGCUGCUAUCCAGGCUCGGGCGGCUGCCGAGGCUAAGGAGUUAACCGACACUCUUGGUCGAUUGGAUGCCGAGGAUGCUGCCGGCGUUUCCCAUGGUUCCACUGAUUCCUGAUUGGUGUUUUAUCUUUAUCGUUAUGUAGACUUGCUCAAACUUGAUAUGUUUGGUUGUAUUUGGUUUUUAAGAUUAUCUGUACGGAUUUCUAUAGUUAUUUGUCCCCCAGUUUGGGUCUUGGUCGAUUUGGAGACUAGAUUCAAACUUAGUGUU